CACUGCUCUGUCCCCGCCGUGUCCCCGCUGCCCAGACCCGCCCGGCCAUGGCAGAGGAGCACGGCGAGCUGCAGGAGCCCAUCAUCCUCAAGGACCUGCACACCAAGGAGAUCGACCUGGUCAACAGGGACCCCAAGCACAUCAACGAGGACGUGGUGAAGGUGGAUUUUGAGGAUGUGAUAGCUGAGCCCGUGGGAACCUACAGCUUCGACGGCGUCUGGAAAACCAGCUACACCACCUUCACCGUCAGCAAGUACUGGUGCUACCGGCUGCUCUCCGCCCUGCUGGGCAUCCCCCUGGCCGUGCUCUGGGGCUUCCUCUUCGCCCUCAUCUCCUUCUGCCACAUCUGGGCAGUGGUGCCCUGCAUCAAGAGCUACCUGAUCGAGAUCCAGUGUGUCAGCCGGAUCUACUCCCUCUGCAUCCACACCUUCUGUGACCCGCUCUUCGAGGCGCUCGCCAAGAUCUGCAGCAACGUCCGAGUUGCUGUCCGGAAGGAGACUUAGGUCCUGGCAGCUGCCCCAACGCCCUCACACAGCCCCCUCUGUGCAGGCUGCCUGCCCUCGGGCACACGGACAGCCCUGUCCGGUGAGGGAUGUGCACACAGACA